AUGCCUUCUACCGUUCACGGCUUCGUCAGGGAAAUCGACUACGACGCCUUGUGCUGCGUCUCAGUUGCAACUGCGAGAAUGGGACGGCGAAGCGUCGCCCUGACUCUCCUGGCUGUCCUGUUGACGUCGUUGCUGCUUCAGCUCUUCUCUCAGCAGGAGGGGUCCCUCGCGAGCAGCAGUGCACGCCAGCCCGUCUUCGCUGACGGAGCAAAGCAGAGCCGAGCGCACCAGCAGGUCCUCCUCUGGACGCAGAUCCGCUCCGGGUCCUCCUUCACCGGCCGCCUACUGACGCUGGGAACUAAGACCUUCUAUUCGGAGGAGCCUAUUCGCGUCUACAACCACACCUUAGGGAGGGAUACUGGUGCGGCCGUUGCCUUUCUCAAAGACAUCUUGCUCUGCCGUUUCUCUCGGCACUUGAAUUAUUUCAAGGAAUACAUAUCUUGGCAUUAUCAAGACCUGAAAGUAAAAUAUCUCUGCCAAUUCGAGUCGAGGCUAUGUUCCUCUCCCUUCACUUAUGAGGCCUUCUGCCGCGCCGCCCCCGUGGUGGUAGUGCGGGUCGUGGCUCUGGCCCUGACGGCGUUCAUUCCGCUGCUGGAGGAGGGCGAAUUGGAGCCCAGGGUGGUCCACUUGGUCCGCGAUCCCCGGGCCACGCUCACUUCCAGGAGAAGUCUUCCUCCCGGUGCCCAUGUCUACGAAGAGGAAUCGAACGUGACCGCCGUGUGUGAAAGGUACCGGGAGGACCUGGUCGCGGCCGCCACGCUCCGUCAGCGCUUUCCGGAAAGUUUUGUGCAGGCGGGCAUGUCCCUGUGCGAGGUUCAGAGUGGGCGGGCAUGUCCCUGUGCGAGGUUGAGGGCGGGCGGGCAUGUCCCUGUGCGAGGUUCAGAGCGGGCGGGCAUGUCCCUGUGCGAGGUUGAGGGCGGGCGGGCAUGUCCCAGUGCGAGGUACAUCCUAGUGCGUUACGAGGACCUGGCACUCUUUCCGGAGAGAGAAGCCCGUCGCCUGUACGAGUUCAUGGGUCUCCCCUUCACACCUCUUGUCUCUCAGUUCAUCUUCGACCACACGAGCGGCCUUCAGGAGCGGGAGAAGAUGGACCAGCCUUUCACCCUUUUUAGGAACUCCGCGGAGGUCGCGGAUCGGUGGCGCGACACAAUGAGCUACGAGGACGCGCUAGCUAUCCAGGAGCAGUGUGAGGACGUCCUGCAGAGCUAUGGCUACGAGGUCUUCCGUAGUCGCAGGGAGUACUCGCGCCGGGGAGGAGCUCUCGGGGCACCGUCUUAG